AGAUAUUCAUCCCUAGCCGUGACUCAGUAUGACCAGUUUACUUCAAACAGUGAGGCAGAAGGGACUGUAAACAACCAAAAUUGAGUGAAUAGACAGAGGACCUCGACCACAGAGCAUAAUGGAAACAACGUCCUCCCUGUUCAGGUCAGUGUCUCGGCGGGUUUGGUCGCCCCCUCAGCGUCCGUUCAGAGUGUGUUCCUGGAACAGAGAGGUCAAAAAAGGAAUCACUGCAGGAUCCUUAGAGGAGCUCCAAGAGAAGGCAGCUCAGGCUCUCUUGGUAAAGUCUGAACUGACUUUGGUGUGUGAGGAAGAUGGGACCGAGGUUGACUCUGAUGAGUUCUUCAUAGCCCUGCCGGACAACACCGUUUUUAUGGCCCUGAACCCUGGAGAGAUCUGGAAACCUCAUCCUUUACUUCAAAGGGGUAACAACAAACCAGGUGAUAAUAAGCCAAGGACAGGAAAAGACAUCGCUCAGAUCACCUUUGACCUUUACCGUACGCACCCCAAAGAUGUAUUCGGCUCACUGAAUGUGAAGGCCACAUUCAAAGGGCUCUAUUCUGUCAGUGCAGAUUUUCAAUGCUUGGGACCAAAAAGAUUCCUGAGGGAGGCGCUCAGAGUCAUGUCCACUCUCCUCCAUGCUGCUGGACACUUGCUGAUCUCCUCGGCUUCUGUAAUUCGCAGAAUAAUCCAAGGGGCGGAUCUUCUUCAAGCCCAACAAACCCAGCCUAUCGAGUAUUGGAAUUAACUGGAGAAAUCUAUAUUUUAAGACUUGAAACCGAUAUCACUAAGAAUGUAACUGAGGGAGAGACAUUGAGGUGUUUCCUAGAUUUUUAUUUUCAAUUUAACAUUAAUGCAUUAGGUAACAUGAACAACAAUUUUACAACAUUUAUUAAUCUAGGAGGUAAAUGAUAUUUUCUAUAGGGUUCAAAAGUUUGGGGUUGGUUAUAUUUUUUAAAUGUUUUUGAUAGAAAUCUCUUAUGCUUACCAAGACUGAAUUU